AUGUACGGCGACGACGAAGACUCGGGUGCCGAGGACAACCGGCCGCUGAGUUUUAUAGCAGCCAAGUAUGGGGGCGAGAACUUGGACAAGACUCAGAAACCGGGCGACCCGGCCGGCGACCGGCUGCGGCUGGUUCGCACCAUAUCCGACCAGACGAAAUCUCCGACGCAUUUAUCGCCCGAACCGAACGGUAUCAAUGGCCCUCCUAGCCUCAAGAAGGCUCAGACGUUCCCCGCGAGGUUAGCUACCGAGCCGAGCGGAUCGAGCGGCCGUUCCAAAUCUCCGUUGCCCCCAUUAUCACCGAACCCGUCCUUGCGAGACGUCCAGGACGCCGAGGCGGCCUCCCAAUUCCCGCUCGCAGGCAUCGACAACCCCGAUGACAUCGCCCAAGAGCUUAGUAACCUGCAGGCGCUACGGCGGAUGUCGAUGGAUGUCGGAAACACCACGGAUCCUGAUCUACUGCAGUUCUCUGGCGUGUCACUGAUGGAGAUGCCCUCUAUAGCACCGUCGGGCGAUGAUGACGAGGCCGAUCCAUCCCGAUUGCUCUGGGUUCCGGCCAGGGUACACCCCGAGCUCGAGCCGACCGCCUUUAAGAACUUCCUCGAGAAGCGGGUGCAGACAAUAAAGCGGAGGUCCGGGGACUCGCUUCUUUCUGUCGAGGGAUUACAGCGGAAUAACUCGGGCAGCUUGAGACGGAAGAAGUCAAUGCUCUCUCGCCAGGUUAACAACGGCAAUGAGGUCGGGGAAGGUUUUGAUGGUGCGGAAAUGCUGGCACGACAACGCUCCCUGAACGAACACACCCCUGAGCUCAGCCUCUCCGAGCUGGUCAACGACCCAACCAAGGCGGUGCAGAAAUUGGCGCAGGAGUCGAGGCAGGAGAAUGGUGGGACCGACAACCCGAUUCUUCCAAUGGCCCCGGGCAUGGGACUCAGGCGGUCGACAAAGACCACUUACCGGAAGGGCGGGAGCCAACGUUACGGGGAGCGCGGGACCUUCUCAAAGCGGCUUGCGGCGAAACAUUCCGACAAGGAGACCAGCGAGGAAUUGCCUCCACUCCCAGCAAUUGACCCAUCGCUCGAUCCAUCCAUUGGGAGACCUCUUACUAGGGUCCAAUCCGAGCCCAUAACCGAGAACUAUUCGCGCCCUACUCGGACGGUGCGAAGGCAGCAGAACUUCUCGAGGGAAUCCCCUGCGUCUACGUCUUCGCCGACGACGGCGUCCGAGGAGCCGAUCAAAGAGGAAACCGCGAGGCCCGGAGCGCCUUCUUCUCCGCCAAAGACCGAAGCGCUUCCCGUCCGGUCAUCGUCGACCUCGGCAGCACACUCAGCCCCUUCCCUUGUACCUCAAAUUAUCGAGACACUCCCGGCCGAGGAGAGCCCACAAUUAAGUCAGCCGCUUCCCGAGAGAUCGUCUUCUCAAAAUGGGACCCUGCAGAGUCUUCCCGAGCAGAGCCCCAUGGACCCCCCAGCUCGCUCUAGUAAAAGACCUGCCUUGAACAAGGGUUCCAAUCUACCGGUCCCUACAGCAAGGUCAAAUAGCGUCAAGGAGCAGGGGUCGGCAAACCCGAGCGCACUCAGCGACAUCAACCAGCCACACGCACUUCCCGGGAGCGGUGGUUCCACUACCAGCAGCUUGACCUUCAUCCCCACUUUUGACAGCAUCGAGAAGAAAUUCGACAGGAAGAGCAAAGAGAAGGAUGACAGCGAAAGUGUGGCCUCCCAUAAGUCGAGUUCGAGCUGGAAGUGGUUCAAGAGUGACGAUAAGGAGAAGAAAAAGCGGGAGAAAGAAAAGGAGAAGGAACGUGAGCGUGAGAGGGAGCGUGAAGAACAAGCUAAGAAAGCGAAAGGCAAGGCUGUCGACAAGAGCCACGAUCAUGCGCGGAUGGAUGUUAUCCAGAGCUCAAUCGACAAUGUCCCCAAGGGCCGCGAGAGCCUCCGGCUGGAUCGGGACAGUAUCGAGGGCUUGCCGCAAGACGAACGGAAGAAAGAGACCAACCGCAAGUCAAGUGAGGGGAAGAAGGAGAAGGAAGGCUUCUUCGGUGGCCUUUUCGGAGGCUCGAAGAAGAAGGCCGACAGAGACUCGCACCACAAGAAGAAAGAGCAUCGACCACUUACCCCUGACCCCCCGCCGCGGCCGCUCCGCGCCGAUAUCGACUACGCCUGGACCCGAUUCCCGAUCAUUGAGGAGAGAGCUAUUUAUCGGAUGGCCCACAUCAAGCUCGCCAACCCUCGCCGGCCGCUGCACAGCCAGGUACUGCUUAGCAACUUCAUGUACUCGUACCUUGCCAAGGUGCAGGCGAUGCACCCACAACUUCAAAUUCCAGUCUCACCGCAACAAAAGAGGCAAGAGGAAGAACGGAAGCGGCGCGAAGCGGAGGAAGCACAGCUGCAGAUGGAGCAACAGGCCGCCCAACAAGCCGCCCAGGAUGGGAACUUUGACUUUGAGUACCAUCGAUCUGGCAACCAGUACGGCGAUGCUCCGCUGCAGCAAGACGGCACCGCUCAGUAUGUAGACGACGGCCAGAUGUACGACUACGAUCAUGGCGAUCAUCAUCACCAGGAUAACGGGGAUGGUUAUGCCGAUGAGCAAUCACAAGCACAGGGUCACGGUCAAGGCCAUGCUCGCCAGGGCAGCGGCAGUGGACAACAAAACUACUACUAUGCGCAGGACACCAACAACCAGCGGCGCGACGACAACGACGAGAACGGCGAUAUGUGGUAG